UAUCAUGUUGGAGAAGAAAGGAGGAGGAAGGGUGAUGGGGAAGAGGAAAACCCUAGGGGCGGAGAUCGAUACGAGAAGAACGAAGAAGAGCCGUGAGAUGGAAGGGACUUUCUCUCUGCUUCAGUUCGAUAACCGUCCUUCCUCGGAGCUCCGGAAAGAGUUGGGUACUGCUUGCGUUGAUGGAGAUGGAGAUUGCGGCGGGGAGAAGUCAUUCAUUCUCAGCCAAGACUUCUUCUGCACACCUGACUAUAUAACACCGGACAAUCAGAACUUGAUGAGCGGUUUAGACAGCAACAAGGAUCAAUCUCCUUGUCCUAGGUCUCCUGUUAAGCUUAAUACAGUUAAAAGCAAAAGAUGCCGCCAGGACAGUUUCACAGCGAGAACUCCAACCUCUACUUGGACUUCAAAUCAUAGAGUAGAUGAACAAGAGAAUGAUGAGAUCAUGGUGGAUGAGAAGAUUCAAGCCAAUCAAACGGAGAAGGGUGGAUACGUUUCACAGACUGCAGUUGCUCUGAGGUCUCGUGUUAUGCCACCUCCUUGCCUCAAAAAUCCAUAUCUGAUGAAUGACUCAGAGAUUGCUACUGACCCUUUCCGAUAUCAGAGGUCUAAAUGUGCUAGUUUUCUCCCUACAAGUAUUGGUGGGGGUGGUUUGUCGAGAUAUCUCACAGACUUUCAUGAAAUCCAGCAAAUAGGUGUUGGGAAUUUCAGCCGUGUAUUUAAAGUGUUGCAGAGAAUUGAUGGUUGCUUGUAUGCUGUCAAAUGCACUAAGAAGCUGUAUCUUGAUUCAGAGAGGCGUAAAGCUAUGAUGGAAGUUCAAGCUCUUGCUGCUCUAGGAUUCCAUGAAAACGUGGUAGGAUACUACAACUCGUGGUUUGAAAACGAACAGUUAUACAUUCAAUUGGAACUCUGCGAUCACAGCUUGUCCAAGAAAUCUUCGCUUAAGAUCUCAGAGAGAGAGAUUUUGGUGAUUAUGCAUCAGAUAGCUAAGGCGUUACAGUUCGUGCAUGAGAAAGGAAUAGCUCAUUUAGAUGUAAAGCCCGACAACAUAUACAUAAAGAACGGUGUCUGCAAGCUCGGCGACUUUGGUUGUGCAACGCGGUUGGACAAAAGCUUGCCAGUAGAGGAAGGAGAUGCACGUUACAUGCCUCAAGAAAUACUAAACGAAAACUACGAGCACCUUGAUAAAGUGGAUAUCUUCUCCUUAGGUGUCACGGUCUACGAGAUGAUAAGAGGAUCUCCUCUCACAGAAUCAAGAAACCAAUCCCUCAAUAUCAAAGAAGGCAAACUUCCUCUCCUUCCUGGUCAUUCGUUACAAUUACAGCAACUACUUAAGACAAUGAUGGAUCGUGAUCCAACGCGUCGUCCUUCUGCUAGAGAAGUAAUGGAGCAUCCCAUGUUUGAUAGGAUUAGAGGUUGAGAUUUAUAAACUAUCUCAAAUGUUGAGAAACUUUUUUUUAUUUCUUUUGUAAAUUAUGGUACUAAUGUUCAUAGUGAACUGGUGUUCGGCAUCGGCACCUGUUGUUUAGUAGUAAAUUGCCAAUUAAACUCUCAACAUUCAAAUC